AUGUCUUCCACCUCAACUGCCACCAUGACUGCCAACCCCGUCCAGUCCCGUCGGAGCCAUGGCGGUCACUCGCACCACCACCACCACGGCCACGACAAUGUCUACUUGACCUCGGCCAACAAGAACGAUGCCGGCGUGCGCAUCACCCGCAUCGGCCUCUUCUCCAACCUGGGGAUGGCCUUUGCCAAGGGCGCUGGCGGCUACGCCUUCGGCUCCCAGGCCAUGAUUGCCGACGCCUGGCACAGUCUGACUGACCUGGCCUCCGACAUCUUGACGCUGGCCACUGUUUCGUGGAGCCUGAAGCCCCCGACCGACGCCUUCCCCACCGGUUUCGGCAAAAUCGAAAGUCUCGGGUCUCUGGGCGUGUCCAGCAUGCUUCUGGGCGGCGGCCUGUUCAUGUGCUGGAGCAGCUUGAUCACCCUCCACGCACACCUCUUCCUCGACCCUGCAGCCGCUGCAGAGGCAAUCGCCCACGCUCACCACGGUCACAGCCAUAGCCAUGCCCAUACUGGCCCGAGUUUGCACGCCGCCUGGUUGGCACUGGGUACGGUCGCAAUCAAGGAAUGGCUGUACCAAGCUACCAUGAAAGUCGCCCGCGAACGAAAGUCCUCCGUUCUUGCCUCCAACGCCGUCCAUCACCGUGUCGACAGCUGGACUGGUAUCGUCACCUUACUCGCCAUCCUGGGUGCAAACUUUUUCAAGGACGCAACCUGGUUGGAUCCUGUCGGUGGACUCAUGAUUUCCCUUCUUGUCAUCAAGGCCGGAGCCGAAAACACACUCUCUGCCGUAUACGAAUUGGCCGACCGUGCCAUUGACGAGGAAGUCAAAGACGACAUCCGGAAGUACACCCUGAGGAGCCUCUCUGAUAUUACUGACGGCCACGAGGUCGAUGUUCGUAACGUCUCCGGCGUCAAGUCGGGCCAGAACUACCUGGUGGACAUCGAUCUGGCUGUGCCCGGAGCUUGGUCUGUCGAGACCGUCCGUGAUGUGGAGGACCAGGUCCGCACGUUGGUAGGCACCAAGGUCCGAGGUGUGCGGAGGAUCAAGGUGCGGUUCGUGCCGAAGGAGGCCGAGGUUGCGCGCAAGUUUGAUGAGUUUAUCCCGGGAGAAGCCAAUCGGGAUGUUCGCGAGGAAGCCGAGGGCCACGCCCACGCCAACGGCAAUGGCCACAAGCAUGAAUAA